CAUUCGAAAACUCUUAUUCGGAACGUGAAAGGAAGCAGACGUGUUGCACGGCUACUAUGCAAAUUUCAAAAUAAUUUAAACAAAAACAGAAAGAUUAAACCAACGAGUGUGAAAACAACUUAAAACCACAAUUAACUAACAAGUUAUCUGAAAUUUGGAAAAAGCUCGAAAAUGUGGAACCCAAAAAACGCAGAGGCAGCAGCAUCAACAGCAACAGCAACAACAAGUGAUAGCAGUCAGGAGGAUUGCAGCUGCGCUUCCAGUGUUGAGCAGCGCCCCCCUAAUCCCCAAUCCCCCUCCGACAGUAACGGUAAAAACGCAAAGUCAACAUUUGGCGGCAAAACAACUGAAGAUCAACCAUCGGCCGCCAUUGGCAAGCAAAAAGAAUUAUUUGCACAGAGCGAGACCAGCGAUUCGGGUUUCAUUUCCGGACCGCAAUCCUCGCAGAUCUUCAGCGAGGAGAUCAUUCCCGAAACGGACCAACAGCAAAAGGAGCCUCAGGAAUCCAAGGAUCCGGAGUCAAACCAAAAGGAACAACCGCCGGUGGUUCUCGAUUCUGGCAUUAUUGACGAGGAAGAGGAAGACCAGGCCCCAACAUCCGCCGAUCAAAUGCAACUUAAAAAUAACGCAGACACAGGCAUCCCUCAAUGGACGGUCCAAAGUAACCUGGCCAGUCGCGGCGAACAGCUUAACAACCUGGGUCAGUCCACCCAGAGCCAGGGUUCUGGCACCACCCUGGGCCGCAGCAAGGCCCUCUCAUCCACCGUCACGCCCACCUCAAAUCCCUCGGCUGGAGCUACAUCCGCUCCACUGAGCAGCAUUACCAUCAUGAAACCCUGGGAGCAGUUCUAUCAGCAAAAUGACGACGGCGAUACGCCUCUGCACCUGGCUUGUAUUUCGGGCUCCGUGGACGUGGUGGCCGCAUUAAUUCGCAUGGCCCCGCAUCCGAGCCUGCUCAACAUCCAGAACGACGUGGCCCAGACGCCCCUUCAUCUGGCCGCUCUCACUGCCCAGCCGAACAUCAUGAGGAUGCUCCUACUAUCCGGAGCUGAGCCCACGGUCCGCGAUCGUCAUGGAAACACGGCCCUCCAUCUGUCCUGCAUCGCCGGAGAGAAGCAGUGCGUCCGUGCCCUGACGGAGAAGUUUGGAGCUAUGGAAAUCCAUGAGGCCCAUCGUCAGUAUGGACAUCGUUCCAACGACAAGGCUGUUAGCUCCUUGAGCUACGCCCGCCUGCCCGCCGAUUUGGAAAUUCGCAAUUAUGAUGGUGAACGUUGCGUGCACUUGGCCGCCGAAGCCGGACACAUUGAUAUCUUACGCAUUUUGGUAUCCCAUGGAGCCGACAUUAAUGCCGGGGAGGGCAAAUCGGGUCGCACCCCACUGCACAUUGCGAUCGAGGGCUGCAACGAGGAUCUGGCCAACUUCCUGCUCGACGAGUGCGAGAAGCUCAACCUGGAGACGGCCACCUUUGCCGGAUUGACGGCCUACCAGUUCGCUUGCAUCAUGAACAAGUCCCGGAUGCAGAAUAUCCUUGAGAAACGCGGCGCGGAGACCAUUACGCCACCGGAUAGUGAUUACGACAGUAGCGAUAUCGAAGAUCUAGACGAUACGAAGAUGUAUGAUCGCUUUGGUGAUCCGCGUUAUUUUGUCAGCUACAACGGCGGCAAUCCAAUGACAGUUGCUUGAAUAACCCAACCAUUAUGUACAUACAACCCUAGACUAUAUAUAUUCCCAACCUGGUGGGGUUUAAUUGCUGUUCCCGAACGCACGCUUCCUACUCCUGCCCCGAAAUGUAUGCAAUGCUCCCCGACACACGUUCACGAAACACCAAACGAACCCAGCAACAAUCCAAAAUAAAUGUACUUACUAUCCUGUCCAGCACGAGGAUCUAUCCGCCGAAUACGAACUGCAUGUGAAUUGCUUGUGUAAACGAGAUAGUAUUUUAAAGCGAAAUAAAGCAUAAACGGAUGCCGAA